GUGGAAAGGAAGUUCUCUGGUGGCCAUUUUGGAUGUGGUUUUUCCUCAGAUCAGCAUAUAUGGACCUACCCCACUCGUCUGUAGAACCAUUAAUAUGGGAGGAGUUACACCCGGGGGUGUAUAGGAGGUGGGAAUACCCCCAGUGAGCGAUGGCAUCUGCUGAUCUGAGGAAAGACUUGGAAUGUUCAAUCUGUCUGAAAAUAUAUAAAUAUCCUGUAACCUUAGAAUGUGGACAUAACUUCUGCCGGGACUGUAUCGGGCGUGUGCUGGAUACACAGGAGAGGUCUGGAGGUUAUUCCUGUCCUGAAUGUAGAAGAAUAUUCAAGAAUCGUCCAGUCCUUCAGAAGAACAUUACUCUGUGUAAGAUAUCAGAGACCCUCCAGACUACACAGGGCGAUCAGGACAAAACCGGGAUCUUCUGUACUCACUGUAUUCACAUUCCUGUACUUGCUGUGAAAUCCUGUCUGCAUUGUGAAGCUUCUCUGUGUGACAAUCACCUGAGAGUCCACAGCAAGUCACCAGAACACAUCUUAUGUGACCCCACCACUUCCCUGGAGAACAGGAAAUGCUCUGUCCAUAAGAAGGUCCUGGAGUAUUACUGCACUGAGGACUCCACAUGUAUCUGUGUGUCCUGCAGGCUGGAUGGAGAACAUCAGGGACACAAGGUGGAGACCCUGGAUGAGACCUCUGAGAAGAAGAAGAAGAAAUUGAGGAAAGUCCUGCAGAAACUGAAGAGAGAGAGAGAGAAGAUAGAUACAAGAGUCCAGAGUCUGCAGGAACAGAGGAGGAAAGUACAAGGAAAAGCAGAUGGUGAAACAGAGAGAGUCACUGCCCUGUUCAGAGACCUCAGAAGACGUCUAGAAGACCUGGAGAAGAGAGUGCUGAGGGAGAUCUCCAUGAAGGCAAUGCUGAUCUUCAUCUCUGUGUUUGAUGUGAUCCGGGAGCUAAAAAUUAAGAAGGAGGAGCUGUCCAAGAAGAUGGGUGACAUUGAGAAGCUGUGUAACAUGACGGAUCCACUGACUGUCCUACAGGAAUCAGACACAGGUGACUUGUGUGAUUCUGAGGAUGGAGAUGAUGAGGACAGAGAGAGACAUGACGAUCUUCUCCAUGAUGGAGGGGAUCUGGAUGUGGCUGCAAUCUCAUACACAUUACACACAGGUUUAUCUGAUAUCAUGUCUGUGGUAAAUGUACAGAAAUGUACAGGCACACACGUCUAUCCACAUUCUACUACAAAGGGCAAAGGUCACAUCAAUGCUGAACCAUCCAGGAAACGCCUUAAGCUCACCCCCACUAUACAACGCUCACACCACCAGACUGGAGGACCAAAUAUUGGGGCUGUACAGCAAAAAUGGGGGGUGUUGGGGGUUACAGACAUAUUAUUGGAUGUAAGUACAGCUGGUAAUCAUCUGCGUAUCUCAGAUGACAAGAAAACUGCAUCCAGGUCUGAUAAGAGCCAGAAUCACCCAGAAACAAAAGAAAGAUUUGAGUGUUCUCAGGUGAUGAGCAGCCAGAGUUUCUCCUCAGGGAGACAUUAUUGGGAAGUGGAUGUUGGGGGGGCAGUGUACUGGAGAGUCGGGAUGUGUUACCCCAGUAUAGACCGGAGAGGAGAUCAGUCAGUGAUUGGAUAUAAUAAGAAGUCCUGGUGUUUGGAAGGGAAGUGGAUGUGUUCUAACCAGUACUCGGUAAUACAUGACAGUAAUAGGAUCCCAUUAACCGGCGAUGUUCCCAGUAACAGAGUCAGGAUAGAUUUGGAUUAUGAGGCUGGGCGGAUCUCCUUUUAUGAUCUGUGUGACCCGAUCCGACACAUCCACACCUUCAUCACCACCUUCACUGAGCCCCUCCAUGCUGGGGUAUGGUUAAGGGGAGGUAUGAGUUGUGUAAAGAUCUGGGGGGAAACAGAUGUGUGAAAUCUUCCCAGAGACUGGUGACAUUACAGGGUGGAGAAUCUGAUUGGUGCAAUAUUCAGUCAAUAGUAGGAAGCAGAGCACAAGAAACAACAUGACUAAUUUAUUUAAU